UGCAGGUUGAAAGCUGUUACAGGUGUUUAGAGAGCGAACGAAGGGACAGGACUCUCAGCAGAGGUUCAAAGCAUCAGCAGAGCUCUACAGCGUGUAGUGCAUCCGGCAGAGGAUGCAGCUGGUUGUCAUGGCAGCAGUGCUGGCGCUGGCGGGGGCGGAGCAAGACUGCAGCUCCGGCUGUCGCCCAAAGAACAUCAGCCUCCCUGUGGACACCUGCGGCACCACCGAGUUCGUCGACACCACCAUUUGUGAAGGACAGUGUUUCCAAAAGGAUCCCAACUAUGUUCAUACUGACGACGGGCCCAAACAGAAAACCUGCAACGGAGAGUGGUCCUACGAGGUGAAAUACACAGAGCAAUGUCCACGGGGUUUCAUCUACCCUGUGGCCAGGAAGUGUGAGUGCACUGCAUGCAAUGCAAACACAGACUGCGGGACCUUGUCUGGAUACAUACCCAGCUGUUAGCCCUUUUAAAGAACCCCAGUAUUCAUCCUGCGCUUAACAGUUAUCUUCUUUGCACCUCUUCCCUCUGAAAUAAACCAGUG